UUUUCAGAAGUUUUCGAGCGCUCGUGCGGAGCAGACGUGGUUUCGUUGUCGUCGCGGUCGCGGUCGGUUCUGGUCCGGAAGUGUCACUUGGUCGUCGCGGGGGUCGUCCUCCGCUAGGGAAGAGGACACCACACUGCCUGCGCGCAUCUGUCACACAGUGGGUGGAAGGACACACCGCCGUCAGAUUUCGUCACGGAUUUUGGUCAGCAAAAUUUGUCGAUUUCUUCUUAGUGAGAUGUGAAUUUUUAGCCGAGAAUCUAGCCGAAAAGUUGGUGGCGAGAGGAAGAAGAAAACAACAACAACAAAAAAAUUGUGUUUGAAGAAAAUGCGAAAAGUGUUGGAAGAAAAGAGAAAAGCAUCAAAAGAGUAUUAAAAAAGUAAAAAUAUCUAUUAAAGUUUAGCGUGAAAGGCAAGAGAGCGAGAGAGAGAGAGGAGGGAAAGGUCGUGAAACACAGUGAAAGAGCCGAAAAUAUGUGUUGUCGCCGUGACAGUCGUGACACGAAGGAGAAGCAGCGAGGGGGGGAAUGAAAAAUGAAGAAGAAUGUUUGGAUCACAUUAUAUAACUUAAAAUAGAAUCCAUCAGAGGUGGCCACGACAAGUGCGAGCGAACGCUCGCGAAGGAGAGAAAACGCGCUCAAACCAAAGCAAGCGUUGUCAUUUUUUUUUUGCGUGUGUGUGUGUGUGUUGCGGGAAGGAAUUUGGAUAAAUAUCCAAGCAUGCUGUGCGUCGCGUCGCGCCGAGAAGCGUGAAAGUCGCGAAAUAGACGCGCGAUACACGGAGGGAAAAAAUGCACGAGAAGAAUUUAAAGAAGAAGAAGGGGAAACGUAACAUCGUUAUCGUUUGAGGUGAAGUGAAGCACGGAGGGAAGAAGAAAACUCUCUCUCUCUCACUGGAUUGAGGCAGAUCUGGGUUGGUGGUUGAGUGAAAAAUCUACACCAAAAAAAAAAGAAAACAUAAAUAAAUAAAAAGAAGAAAACGCAGCUCCCCAGAAUUCAAUUUGUCUGUGUCUGUGAGUGCACACCGGAUUGAACCAAGGCCUGCUACGACGAGCAGAAGAAGGUUGAGACGACGGAAGGAGCCCGUGCUAAAAUCAAGACAAAUUUCAAUCUAGUCGGCCCCGACACACGAGACUCCGGGGAUGGUCCCGGAGGGGGCAAGCGGAGGAGGAGGCAUCACCACCAAACGAGCUCGGAAGAAACAGUUGCCGGUGUAGAGACGGGAAGGAAGCGAGGCUGGAAUUUCGAGCAAAGCCUGCAAGCGAGGAGUAACGAUUUUUGAAAAUAUACAGGACAAAACGGAUUCGUGGCCGGGGGAAAGUGGGGGAAGGGGCGUGGCCGCGGAGGAUCGAGAGACAUGAGUGUCCGAGGAUUUAUAGCAGUGCUUCUGGUCGGAAUCAACGUUAUUGCAGCUGGGACGUCCCUGUUGUUUGGCUGUUGCCUGUUGCUGGCCACGGCCACGGGAACGGUCACAUCCACGACUUCCGCCACGUCGUCGCCGCCGGUCCAGCUGCUCGGUGGAAUUCCGCCGGCGGCCGUCACGGAACCGACGCCCAAUGUGGCCGCCGAGCACAUCAUCAACCUGGAGCGGGACGGCGGCGUCAGCUUCAUCGCCCGGAAGGACAUCCGGCCGCAGCGGGCCGUUCCGCCGGAGUACGCCGGAGCGUCCGCGCUCCCGCACUGCGAGUCCUUCACGAUGGGCAACCCGGACCAGAAGAUGCUGUACAGCCCGGGGGCGCCCGGGAACUACCCCAACAACAGUGACUGCGUCGUGGUGCUCGAGGCGCCCGUCGGGUCCCUGGUCCGGCUGGACUUUCGCGACCAUUUCCACGUGGAACCGUCGGACGAGUGUAAAUACGACUAUUUAGAGAUCCGGGACGGUGCGCACGGGUUUUCUACCCUGAUUGGGAAGUACUGCGGAACGACGUAUCCGCCGAUGAUCACGUCCAAGGAGCGGUUUCUGUGGCUGCACUUUCACUCGGACGAGAACAUCGAGUACGGCGGGUUCGUCGUCGUGUACGAGUACGUGCCGAGGCCGACGUCGUCCAUCUACGACGACGAGGGCUGCCGGAUCGAGGUGUCCGGCCUCCAUGAAGGCUUCCUCAACCGGACGGACGUCCCCCGGGAAAAGGAGCAGACCGUCGUCGAGCACGCCCUCUCGCUUGACUGCAUGUGGGUGGUCACGGUGCCGGACGGAUGGAAGAUUCAGCUUUCGUUCCUAAAGUUCAAGCUGGAAAAACCCAACGACUGCGAGAGCAAUUUUGUGGACGUGUUUACCGAGCGGACCGAUCUGCCGUCGAGAUUGAAAAACUUUUGCGGCUCGAUCGCGGACUCGGUCGUGUCCAAGUCGAACGUGCUGCACAUCCGGUUCUUUGCGGAGGCGGCCGCCAUCAACAGCACCUUCUCGAUUCUGUUUACUGCAUUUAGGGAGAAGGCGGCGGGGGAGACUUGCGAUGAUGACGAGUACGAUUGCGAGGAUGCGACCUGCAUCUCGGCGGAUUUGCGGUGCAACGGGCGCAUCAACUGCCGGUUCCGGUGGGACGAGGACGAGUGUCAGAAACAAGCCCAAGCCCAAUCGGAACACGUGACGAUCAUCAUGGUCGUGUUUGGCCUCAUUUUCGGCAGCAUGGUGAUCGCGUUCGUGAUCAAAAUCGUCCGCAAGAUCGUGCGCGACCACAAAAUCAUCCGCGAGCACAUCCGGCAGUCGCGCGAGAGCAAACUCAACGAGCUGGGCCGGCACUCGACGAAGAAGCCGGUCGACCUGGACAUUACCAAGUUUCCGCCGCCGGCCUUCGACAAGGAACCGCCGCUGAACGUGCUGGAGAACGCGGCCAACAGCUACUACCGGGAGGUCAUUUCACCGUCGAUGGGAGGAGGGGGCGGAGGACCGGGUGGGGAACGUGGAGGGAGUGGGGGAAGUGGCGGAGGGGGUAGUGGUGGUGGUGGGGGAGGGGGGAUGUUUAGCAGUAGCAGUAGGAUAGAUUUGAAGAACGAUGCGAACAUCAUCCGGCAGCAGCAGGAACUGCAGGAUAUUCUGAGGAGCAGCUACCAUGCGGUCGGGGACGCGGGGAUGUGCGACAUGGCGUGUCAGACGAGGGAAUCCCUGUUCCAGCCCGUGUUCAAGAACAAGGUGACCCAAUCGCCCAACCCCAACAGUAUACGCUUCUCGACGUUCGGCUACGAAUCGCCGGGAGUCCCAGGUCAAACACCUCCUCCCUCCUCCCAGCAGCAGCAGCAACAACUGCCCUCCGUAACGCCUCCUCCACCGAAGGUCAAACAUCACCAUCAUCACCACCACCAUCACCAGGGCGGAGGAGGAGGAGGAGGAGGAACGCUCGAUCGGAGUCGGGACCGCAACAAGUUUGAGAUGCAGGACCUCAGCGGGGGCGUUUCGAUUGGGGUGGGCAGUGGCGGCGAGGACGAUCAUCCGGAUGUUCAGCAACAGCAUCAGCACCAUCAGCACCAUCAACAUCACCAGCAUCAUCCGCAUCACCAGAAGGUGGUGCUCGAGCGGGAUCUGCAGCAGCACGAUCCGACGGGGCAGUCCACGAUCCGGAAGUCGGCACCGGACGUGAUCAUCAUGACGUCGUCGCAUUGACUUUAAAGGUUUUUGUAUUUUUUUUUUUUUUUACUUUUGGUUUCAAACACGGAAUCGGUUUCCACCCAUGUUUUUAAGAUUAUUUAUUCGGUUGAACCGGGUUUCGGGAAUAAAAAAAAAUUAGGGGCGUCGGCGGGACGAAAAUGUGUAGUGAAUAUUUUAAACUUUCUUGCAAACUGAGCUAAAAGAGGCGCGCACUGAAGGGGGAGAGCGAAACUGCUGUUGUAAAUAGGUAGAGAAUUUAGGUUGAUUUUUUAUUAAGUUUGAUUUGUGAACAAUGUUAAAACUGGGAUCCGAUUUUCGAGGGGAAAUCUGAGCUUCAAUUGUUGGAAGGAGAAAAUUCUCUCGAGUCGGCGCAAACGGAAACUAAUUGAAUUUGUAGAAACGAAACUGGUUGAAGAGAUUUGCUUUUGUUUGGUGGGGUUCUGCAUUGGUUAGUUUGGUUAAUUUGGUAGUUUUCGUCAAUAUUGUCAUUUUGGUCGCUUAACCCUCUACCGCCUAAAUUUUUUUCUAACAUUUUUAAUUUUCGCCUGUUCAGAAGGUCAUUUUGAGCAACUUUUUUUCUACAAAAAACUUUACCUCUCUUGUUUUAUGUUUUUCUUGUUUUAUUUUUAGAAUUUUAAUUUGCGUUCAUGUUAUUUAGUUUAGGUUUGUUUUUGGUAGUAUUUGGCCUAUUCUGCCACCUAAUAUAAUUAAAUUUUGCCUUUUUAAUUUUUCAUGUUUUUACAGUCACUUUUUCAAUUUUUGCUUGUUUUUCACAAUGGCUCUAGAAUGGCACCAUCAUCAUUUAAAUUGCAAAAAAAUGCGUAGAGGCAUAGUCUGAGACACUACAAAAAUUACUGCAUACUUAUUUUUACUUCAAAUAUAGGAAAUGUUAGUAAAAAACACAGCCAAAGUUGACCCCAAAAAUAAUACAUUUUUAAAAUUAUUGACAAAGCCACUUAGAACAAGUCAAAAUUUUCUAAAAUUUUAAGAGUUCUUCUUUCCAAUGCUUUAUAAAGAUCAAAAAUUGGAUAAAAAUGGAUUUUAUCGAUUUUUCAGGUUAGGUUGUAGAGGGUUAAACGGCCAAAAUGACAAAAUUAACCAAAUUUACUCAGUGUUGUCAUUUUGGUCAUUUUGAUCGUUUUGCUCAUUUUGAUCGUUUUGGCCGUUUUGAUCGUUUUGGUUAUUUUGGCCGUUUUAGCAAAAUUACCAAAACAACCAAAACGAUCAAAAUUAUCAAAAUGAACACAUUAAUCAAAUCUACCAAACGUCCAAAAUGACCAAAACGACCAUAUUGACCAAUAUAACCUAAAUUACCAAAAUUACCAAGCCUUCUCCGGUGGAAUCGCUGGCGGCGGUUGGACUCGCAAUCCAAAGGUCGUCAGUUCAAACACUGGGGUGGAAGGUUCCUUGGAGUAGAAAGAGGUUUGGGUGCUCUCCCCAUUCAAGCCUUCGGACUCCUAGGUUCGAGCAGAAACUUGCAAUAGAGACCACAAAAGACCCGGGGGUCGUUAAUGUGGAUGGUUUGAUUUUUGACCAAAAUUACCAAAAUGUUAAAAACGUCCAAAUGACAAAAUUGGGUAAAUUUAGUAAAUUGUGUCAAUUUGACUAUUUUGGUCGUUUUGUUCUUUUUGACAUUUUGGCCGUUUUGAUCGUUUUGGUAAAUUUGGUCAAUUUGGAUAUAUUAAUAGUUUUAGUCAUUUUGGUAAAUUUAGUCAAUUUGAUCAUUGUGGUCAAUUUGGUAAUUUCAGUCAUUUUUAUCGUUUUAGUCAAUUUGAUCAUUUGGUCAAUAUGGCCGUUUUAGUCAUUUUGUCCAACUUAUUCAUUUUGGUAAUUUUGAUCGUUUUGGUCUUUUUAGUCAUUUUGGUAAAUUUUGUUAUUUUGUCCAUUUUGGUCAAUUUGGUCAUUUUGAUUGUUCAGGUCAAUUUGGCCAUUUUGGUCGUUUUGGUCAAUUUUGUCAUUUUGGCCGUUUUGAUCGUUUUGGUAAAUUUGGUCAAUUUGGAUAUUUUAAUCGUUUUAGUCAUUUUGGUAAAUUUAGUCAAUUUGAUCAUUUUGGUCCAUAUGGUCAUUUUGAUCGUUUUGGCCAAUGUGAUCAUUUUAGCCAUUUUUAUCAUUUUAGUAAUUUUUGCCGUUUUGAUAAUUUUGAUCGUUUGGAUAAUUUGGUCGUUUUGGAAAUAUUGAUCGUUUUAGUCAUUUUGACCGUUUUAGUAAAUUUAGUCAAUUUGUCAAAUUUGUUCAUUUUGGUCAUUUUGAUCGUUUUGGUCUUUUUAGUCAUUUUGGUAAAUUUUGUUAUUUUGUCCAUUUUGGUCAAUUUGGUCAUUUUAAAUGUUCAGGUCAAUUUGGUCAAUUUUGUCAUUUAGGCCGUUUUGGUAAAUUUGGUCAUUUUGGAUAUUUUAAUCGUUUUAAUCAUUUUGGUAAAUUUAGUCAAUUUGAUCAACAAAUUGACCAAAAUGACCAAAAAGACCAAAACGUUCAAAACGACCAAAAUAUCCAAAACGAUAAAAUGUGACCAAAAUUACCAAAUUGGACAAAAUGACUAAAACGGCCAAAUUGACUAAAAUGAUCAAAUUGACUAAAUUUACCAAAACGGUCAAAAUGACUAAAACGAUAAAAAUGGCAUUGGUCAUUUUGGUCAAUUUGGUAAUUUUGAUCGUUUUGACCAAUGUGGUCAUUUUGAUCGUUUUGGUCAUUUUGGUAAAUUUAGUGAAUUUGGUCAAUUUGACCGUUUUAGUCAUUUAGUCCAAUUUGGUAAAUUUGGUAUUUUUUUUAUCUUUUAAGACAUUUUGGUCAUUUUGAUCGUUUUGGUGUUUUUUGUUAAUUUUGGUCAAUUUUGGUCAUUUUGAUCGUUUUGGUUAUUUCGGUCGUUUUAGCAAAAUAACCAAAACAACCAAAACAAUCAAAAUUACCAAAAUAAACACAUUGAUCAAAUCCACCAAACGUCAAAAAUGACAAAAUUGACCACAACGACCAAAACGGCCAAUAUUACUAAAUUAAUCAAAACGGCCAAAAUUACCAAAACGACCAUAUUGACCAAUAUAAACUAGAUGACCAAAAUGUUAAAAACGUCCAAAUAGCAAAAUUUGGUAAAUUUUGUUAAUUGUGUCAUUUUGGCCGUUUUGAUCGUUUUGGUGAAUUUGGUCAUUUUGGAUAUCUUAAUAGUUUAAGUCAUUUUGGUAAAUUUAGUCAAUUUGAUCAUUUUGGGCAAUGUGGUCAUUUUAGCCAUUUUUAUUGUUUUGGUAUUUUUUGCCGUUUUGGUAAUUUUGAUCGGUUGGAUAAAUUGGUCAUUUUCGACAUUUUGAUCGUUUUAGUCAUUUUGACCGUUUUGGUAAAUUUGAUCGUUUUAGUCAUUUUGUCCAAUUUGGUAAAUUUGGUCAUUUUGAUCGUUUUGGUUUUUUUAGUCAUUUUGGUAAAUUUUGUUAUUUUGUCCAUCUUGGUCAAUUUGGUUAUUUUGAUUGUUUAGGUCAAAUUGGCCAUUUUGUUCGUUUUGGUCAAUUUUGUCAUUUUGGCCGUUUUGAUCGUUUUGGUCAAUUUUGUCAUUUUGGCCGUUUUGUUCGUUUUGGUCAAUUUGGUAAAUUUGGCUAUUUUGAUCGUUUUAGUCAUUUUGGUAAAUUUAGUGAAUUUGAUCAUUUUGGCCAAUUUGGUAUAUUGUUAUUUUUUUUAUCGUUUUGGUCAUUUUUUAUGUUUUUGUUCAUUUUGGUAAAUUCUGUCAUUUUGAUUGUUUAGGUUAAUUUGGCUAUUUUGAUCCGUUUGGUCAUUUUGACCGUUUUGGUAAAUUUGAUCGUUUUGGCCAAUGUAAUCAUUUUAGCCAUUUUUAUCGUUUUAGUCAUUUUGGCCGUUUUGGUAAUUUGAUCGUUUGGAUAAUGUGGUCUUUUUGGCCAUUUUGAUAGUUUUAGUAUUUUGGCCGUUUUGGUAAAUUUAGUCUAUUCGUGCUUGCCAUUUCUUUAGGGCACAUAACUUUUUUAGGCAAGAGUGUGUCCCUUUCACACCUUAUGUAAACUGUCAUUCGAGUGAUAGUGAUACACUAUUGUUUACAAAAGUUAUGUGCCCUUUUGAAAUUUUACUCUCCAAUUUGAUCAUUUUGGUCAAUUUGGCCGUUUUAGUCAUUUUGUCCAAUUUGUUCAUUUUGGUAAUUUUGAUCGUUUUGAUCGUUUUGGUCUUUUUGGUAAUUUUAGUUAUUUUGUUAUUUUGUCCAUUUUGGACAGUUUGAUCAUUUUGUUUGUUAAGGUUAAUUUGGUAAUUUUGGCCGUUUUGGUAAUAUUGUCUUUUUUGCCGUUUCAGUCAUUUUGUCCAGUUUGUUAAUUUUAGUCAUUUUGGGUUAAUUUGGUAAAUUUGAUUAUUUUGAUCGUUUUGGUAAUUUUAGUUUUUUUUGUUGUCAUUUUGGUCAUUUUGGUCAAUUUGGACAAUUUGAUCGUUUUGAUUAAUUUGGUAUUUUUGGUAAUUUUGAACGUUUUGAUCAUUUUUGGUUAUUUUGGUCAAUUUGGUAUUUCGGCCGUUUUGAUCUUUUUGGUCAAUUAUUUAUUUCGGUCUCGUGGCGCAGGGGUAGCGGCUUCGGCUGCCGAUCCCGAUGAUGCUAUGAGACGCGGGUUCGAUUCCCGCCUUAUCCACUGAGCUUCUAUCGGAUGGUGAAGUAAAACGUCGGUCCCGGUUUCUCCUGUCUCGUCAGAAGCGCUGGAGCAGAAAUCCCACGUUAGAGGAAGGCCAUGCCCCGGAGGGCGUAGUGCCAAUAGUUUCGUUUUCGUUUAAAAAAAUAUCAGAAAAUGUACUGAUUCUUGAUCAAUAAUAUUUUUAAACGAAUAGAAAUCCCACCAGCUAGGCAGAAAAAAAUUGAGCAAUCAUAAUUAGUUUUGUGUUAAACAAUUGAAUUCCCUUAUUGAAUUUAAAACAUUUUAAAAACUAGUUUCAAAAGCUUUGAACAAAAAAAACUGUGCUACUUGUUACGUGAUCUCUUCAAACAAAGAAGUAAAACCGGAAACUUUGAAAGGCUUUUCUCAGUAUCGAGCGAUCAUAGACAACAGAAAAAAAGAGAGACGAAGAUGAAGAAAGAAUCUACGAGUUUAAUUUGUAUAUACUUGAUUUGAUCCACUUCUUUCCUUCGAACCUGCCCCCACCUUUAGUAUAGAUUUGUUAGAAAUCGGGUUUGUUUAGUCAGUAAUGUUAAGUAUUUAUUACGAAAUCCAUUUCACCAUCAUUACGCUUUAGUGAGAAUAUUUAACGAGAAAAUUGUAGAUCGAAUUUGUUUGUUACAUUCAUCGCGUCGUUAAUAGGAAAAUAAAUAUUUAUUAAAUUUAAAGAAAUGAUAAAUUUUGUAGCGGGCACCCAUUUUUCCAUUUUUCAUAAAAUAAUACAGGAUUUGCAUUUGAAUUCCCACACAGACACACACAACGUUCGUUUAAUUUAGAUAAAUCGCUAAAAGUGUUUCCCCCCGUUUUUUCAUGGAAUGAAGUUUAAAAAAAAAAACUAAAUAGCAGUAAAAUCAUUCAUCUCAUUGUCACAUAAACACAACUUUUAGGCACUUUGAAAAGCAACCAAAAAAAAGCGACGAAAUAAUUUGUGUGCAGCGCCGCGCGUUGUGAAAACGGAAAUUUUGUCAUAAAAAAGGAAGUAGAUAGAAUCGCGAAAAAAAGCAAACAAACAAACAAAAAAAUCACGUUAUUGUUACGAGUAGGAGCGAAAGCAAAACGGUCUAGCGAAAUUUGAGAGCGGAAAAAAUCGGGGACCAAAGCCCAGUCAUGCCAAGUCACAGAAAACAAUAGAGAGAGAGCGAUAUCUGAACAACAAACAAACAAACAGGAAAGAGCAAAAUAACACAGGAAAACAUAUUUAAAAACAACCCAAAACAAUAACGUUUAAACACAGACAACACUUGGUUAUCAAGAGUGAAGCGAGAAAUAAGUGGAGACAAAUAGAACGGCAAAAAAAAACAAAACAUUUUAAAAAUAUAAGUGUAAAUGUAAAUCCAAACAACACACAUAAGACAGCACAAACAGAAAUCAUUGGAGAAGCAGACAGAAAAAAAACUAAAUAAAAUGUUGAUGUUACAAAUAAAACAUUAAAAAAAGCAUCAGUGACAUUUGUAUAAAUUUUAAACAAAGAAAAAAAAAACACAAGCGAAGAAAUCGCGGGCAGAAAGUUUAAUUUGGACAGAUUCGAAAAA